CACAGCUGGGCUCACGUUGGGGACGAACUGGACGGCGAUGCCGACGGGCACGAAGACGAGCAAGACGUUGAGCCAACUGUGGAAGAGGAUCUUUCUGCAGGUGGCGAGAAACCUCCUGAGAAGGCUGGGCUGCUUGACCUCGCUCUGUCCAUCCUCUUGGUCUUCUUGGGCCUUUUCGGUAGUGGUGGUGGAGGUGGUAGCGGUCUCGGGGGUGGUGGCAUCCACCCCUAGCUGAGACCCCUUCCUCGAAGCUUGCGGAGAUGGAGAGGGCUGCGGGCCUCCUUCAGGACCGUUAUGCGGUCCUGAAUUCUGAUGGAGGUUUCUGCCGCUUCCAAGUCCGCCGCCCUCCUCAACUCCAGCGGGCAGCACGCCAUCGGCGCCCGAGGGGAGGAGGAUGGGGCCGCCAUUGUUACUGGUAGAACUGGUCGCGAUCCGCGCGAGGGUGGUGGAGGCCUGCGAGGACGAGUGCGAGAUGGUUCGAUCGUUGCUUACGGGGAGCAGAGAGGGAUCAGGGUGGUGGUGGCCAGGUCGUCUCGCCGUGCUACGGUUGCCGCCAUGAACUUUGGAGCUUGCCCAAGAACGAAGGCGAUCUAUAUACGGUCCGUCAGGUGAAGUUUCCUUCAUCGAAGUCAGGUUGGGCCAGCAAGAGCAGCAGAGGCGAGAACUGGACACGACAAUAGCGUGUGUUGGUUGUUUUUGGGGGUAGAUGGGUGGUGAGGGUGGUGGCGACGAUGGCGAUGUGGUGGAAUUGUUGAUUUUGCGGAGAGGCAAAACAAAUAAAGUGAUGAGG